GAUGUGGGGCUGAGAGGGCUGCGUGCUUCGUGAGUCACGGAGGAACAUUUUACCAAGUACGAGGGAUUGGAAGGCGGAGAUUGCCGACUUUAGAGCCUUUAGUACGAGAACGUGGCGAGUAGUCAUGACCUUAUCUCGUCUGGGUCUCAUUUCUUGUUCCACUCAAGCCAGUCACGGUCCUCACGCAUCAUGCCAAAGAGAACAUCGCCUGUCAGGACUCGAGGGGGUGCUGGGAGGUUCAACGCAUCCCAGAAUGGAUUGCAGACCGAUGCGGAGUGAGGCAUGAAUGAAAUGUACCUUUUGCGCCAGGCAGCGACGGCCAGCCUCACGCACUUGUUGAGUCUGUGAUCGUGGCAAUGGGAGGCUGCUGGAACGGGAGAUUUUCCCCUUCACCCAACCUUCCUCGUCCCUCACCCUGCCUUCCCUCGACCCUGUGAUCACUCCCCUCCUCAUCUCUGCCCGUGUUAUGCCCCCAUCUUCUGUCUUAGAAGAAAAGAGGCUGCAGAAGUGAUUUUUCGUAACUAAGAACCGUCCCUGUGAUACUUGUCCUUCGUCUACUCUACUGUGACCUGGUGGUGGUGCGGGUGUGCGUGCCCUCUCUUAUUGUGCCGUGACAAGCUAAGGAGAAGGCGUAGAGAAGUGCUUUUAUGUCGUUCAGUGCUCUAUUUCCCCUGCAUAACCUUCCUGUGUGGAUCUCAUGUCGCCUUUAGAUAGACAGAGGAUCCUAUUCUGCCAACGUCCUUCACAUCGACUCUUGAAGCUAACACAGGACUCCCCGCUCUUCUGACAUCGUUCUUCAGCCUCCCCUCCUCCUCCUCCUUCGUCCCCUAUACUCGUCUGCACACUGAGGAUAAACUGGACCGAGGUGUGCCAUGUGGGGUCGCGGGGGCGGCGGAGGAGGGGGUAGCCAUGGGUCACUCAAUGCGCUGGGAGGAGGGCCUGCUGGGGGUCUGGCCGGACGCACUAUGUGGAUCCCCUACUGCUCACACCCAGACACUCGCAACCUGCCCAUCCCGCUAGAAUUUGCUGGAAAGACUGAGUGUUUGAAGUUGAUACGGGAGCUGAACCGCGAGACUUCCAACUACCGUCACCUGGCCGUGGGUGUUGGAGGCAGCGGGGACUGUGAGCAGCUGAGAGAUGAACUGAAGAGGUCAAGACGGAGAGCACAAGACCUUGCCAGACAAGCCAAGAACAAACUGAACCCUUACCUCCUAGAGACAGACCCAGUGAGACCUGAAGUGGCCAGGCUGUGGAGGAUUCUGUUCUGCUGCAUAAGAGUGUUAGAACAGGAGAUGCUGCGAACACUCACCCUGCAGCACACUUUUGGGCUGCACCUGGGACCUGUGGGACUCAUCAACACAGGAGUGCAUGAGUAUGGAGGCAGCCACCGGCCAGGCCCUGCAUCUCUGGAGGCUCUGGAGCUGCCCCUGGAUGACAGACAGGCAUUGGAAAGAGCUGAGGUCAAUCAGUUGCAAAAGGAACUGAUCGACCUGCGGAACCUGAUCAAUGUGAUGGAGAGCAGUCUGGACCUGAAGGCAUGGGUGCUGGAUGAGAUCACUGAAAAGCAGCUCCUGGCAGCCAUUAAUGAUGACUCCCCUUCCUUCCACGACAACAAUGAGUCAGGCUGUUCCGAGGCUGAAUCUCCGAGUGCCGAAAGUUUAAACACAGUGCAGAGGAGGCGAUACAUUUGCUACAUCCUAAGCUGUGUGGUGGCAAUAUUCCUGCUGGGGACGGUCCUUGGCAUCCUCCUUGCUCUCUUUACCUAGCGCCUCACUCACACCAACACACUAACACACUAUUCAGUAUUUUUAUAGCAGAGGUUCCUUCGAGACUAUUCUGUGGGCCAUCUCGUUCAGUGUGGACGCCAGUCAGGGCUAGACUUACUAUAAUGCGCAUUUUUGUGGACGUGAUAACUCUACUGCGCUAUGUCCCACCCGCCCGGCCAUUAGCUUAAAGGACUCAGGUGUAUUGGUACGUACGUUAAGCUUAGUAAUGGAAAAAACUCUACCUGGAACUCACAAUCUUACAACACAAUGGAUGAAUAUUUUGUUGUGUACUUUUCUUCCUUGGUGAUUCACAGUUUCCUUCCACUGAGUGACUAUGAUGCUUCUGCUAAGUUGGCACUUUUCAUCCAGUCAUGUCUGAUUUAACAAGGUAUUUCUCUCCAUCCCUAUAGAGUGACAAUAUGUAAAUAUAGGGAAAGAUGUGGUAAAUAUGUGCUCAAUUUAGGUGUCCCAGAUCUUAAUUAAGCUCAUACAGUGUGCAAGAAUGAGUGUGAGUGUGUGUGUGUGUGUGUGUGUGUGUGUUGAGCAGGAUGCAUGAGUGUAUCUAAUGCUGUAUAACUUUACUGCUAGUUACCAUUAGUGAAUGUGCAUAUUAUAUUUUUCUUUAAGAGGCAACAGCUAGUACAACAUUAAGGUUGACUGACUGACUGACUGAUGGUGGUGGUGGUGGUGGUGAAGGUUUUCCUGUGCAUUAGUUUUACAGUAUUUGUGAUGCAAAGUGCAAAACAAAGGAUACAUUUGCUCAUUUGCGUAGUGUGUUAAGCUGUGGCCCACAUAGUGCACUGGUCCAGAUCUGUGAUGUCCCCUUGUCUGCCGGGACAGAGGAGACCAUGGGGAGACAGAGACCAAGCUACUCUCAUCCACUCAUCUCUCACAAUGGACCAAUAGUGUGACUUCCUGCUAAACCUUCCAUACAUUUCUGGCCACACUAACAAAACAGACACUCUCUUAGUCUCAGCCAUUCAUCUCACAAUGGACCAACACUGUGACCUCCAGCUUAACUUUUCAUGCAUUUCUGGCUAUACUAACAAACACUUGAUUCAGUCUGUCUGUCUUCUGAGCCUUCUCUCAAGUGGAGUGACUGUCAAAGCUACAGAAUCAUAAUUAGAAAAGGUUACUGUGAUGUUUCGGUAAAUGAAACUUGGUUCAGUCUGUCCAUUGGUCUCUCUCUCUUCCUGGGUUUCCUCUCCUUACAGGGAGUGACUGCUGAGGCUACAAUAACAGUCUUGUCACACUGGAGCUGAGAUUAAUAGUGUAAGUAAGGUUCAUGCUGCUUAGCUCAUCAGCUCUUCAUUUGUAAUUGUGCCAAAAAAAAAGUAUUUUUAUUAGUUUUAACUUAUAAAUCACAUUCUAGAAAUUACGAUAAGGUAUUUGUAUGAUAAGGUUACGAUAAUCUCAAUAAAGAAACGUAACGAGUUACAAACACGGAUGUACAAGGAGAGGUUUGCUGCACGGGAGAUGAAAAUGCUGGCUGUAAAAAAUGUAAGACCAACCUGCUCCAUUUAGUUAUAAUAAAGAACAAUUUGACAA